AUGGUAUAUAAAACUCAUUUCAUUCAGCCGCAAAGUCCAGUUCGAGGCUUGUGUUAUGAGAUACAUUUUGUAACAUAUACAUAUUAUAGAUGAACAUCCAAUAACCUGGUCAAUCUGAAAAAUAUCAUGUCAACGUCAUCAAGGGACCUUCAUGAUGACCGUCGGUCGACAGUACAAAGGAUGUACUUUAUAAAGCACUAGCUGCGCUCCGGGGCUUCGCUCCCAUGGACAUUUCGGGAUAAAAAGGACCCUAUGUGUUGUUACAGGUUGGAUUCUACCCGUGUACCAAAUUUCAUAAAAAUCCUUCCAGUAGAUUUUGCGUGAAAGAGUAACACAUGUAUCCUCACAAACUUUCGCAUUUAUAAUAUUCCAAUGACGACGUCGAUGGCGCAGUGGUAAGGUUCUUGCCACUGAACCGAGAGGUCCCGGGUUCGAUCCCCGCUCGGGUCAUGAUGGAAAACGAUCUUUUUGGCCCGGGUCUUGGAUGUUUAUCUAUAUAUGUAUUUGUUAUAAAAUAUAGUAUCGUUGAGUUAGUAUCCCAUAACACAAAUCUCGAACUCACUUUGGGGCUAGCUAAAUCUGUGUGAUUUGUCCUAAUAUAUUUAUUUAUUUAAUAUUAUUAGGAUUGGUAGGAGUAGUAUGCCUAUCACCCAGUCAACUAUGCGAAAACUUUAAUAUCUAAUCGCACCGAUUGUUUAAUUUUAAUUAAUUAUUUUUUAUCUUUCUUGCCACAAUCGAUGAGUUAUCCACUCACUACUCCCGAGUGCCAGAAUUUCUGUUAAAGCCAUUGAAUUAACUCGGUUCUGGCAAAAAAGGAUGUUUUCAGAUUUGCCAUCGACACGCAAAGAAGGAUUCUUAUAAUAAAUAAAUACAUAAAUAUAUAUAAAACUCUUCCGUUACUGAGUGAGUGAGUGACUGACUGACAAUGUACAGCUGAAAGUACUGGGCGUAAGAAGCUGAAAUUUGGCAUGUAGGUUCCUCGGGGAGUGUAGGGGAGCACUAAGAGAGGAUUUACAGGAUUUUUUCGGAAGUACCCUCCAUUAGGGAGACAAAUAAAAGCCAAAACAUUUUUUUAAAAUAAUUUUCGUCUGUCUAUAUAUUUGAUCGCGCAUCACGCAAAAACUGAAGAUUUACUCAGUUGUAUAGACCAUACGUCUAACUUAAAAUCUGGUAUUGGUUUCAUCGCGACACGUUGCUUAGAACACAAGAUAUUGACUAUAAUAGGUUACGAGCGAACGCACGAAAUAAAGGGCAAAGCCGCGGAAAAAAGUUAGUUAUCUUAUAAAUAAUUCAGAAAGCUCAGUGCCUUAGCAAUAGGGCAUAAUAAUAUUAUGUCCUUUAUUCGCCUCGUACGAAAUCCACUGGCCGAGAACCACACGCCAAACGAUCACAGAUCAUAAUGCACUGAAUGACACAAUAUAGUUACUAAUGCUGACCUAAAAAAGUUAGGCAAUCAUUAUAUAACAUUUAAUUAAUGCAAUCAACUAUAAAAUUAACUAGGCAACGGUUCACGGACACUAACAGUUAAUUAUACACUCGACUAACUUUUAUUACCUGACUUCCACCUUAACAAUCGCAGUUUUUAGGAAAUGGAAAAAGUGUUCGUUUUUCUGCUUUGCGUUGUAGGAAUUUACGAUUGCGUUCUACUUAGAAGGAAAUGUCCACGCAGGGAGAUCCACGUGGCGUGUUCAUUCCACGACGAGUCUACGUGCUGGCAGAACGACCAGAAGACAUUGAGAAUAUACUCAGUUCCUCAGAAACUGCUGCACUGCAAGUCUGGGUGUUUUUGCAAGAAAAGCUACGUGCGCUCUUAUCCUGGUGGGGACUGUAUCUUGGCUACACUAUGUCGAGAUAGACGCUUGCUUAGAAUAAUUAUGCAUUUACCCAAAGAAUUUCCCGAACUACGUCAAUAUUGAAAUAAAUGAUGUGAAAAGACACCCCUCAGAUUGUCAUGAGUUUCAUGCGAGAAUUUAAUCGUAUGGACAACGUACUUACUACAAAACCGACUAAUAAAUGCGAAAGUUUGUGAGGAUGUAUGUAUGUUGAUCACUCUUUAAUGCAAAAUCUAGUGAACCAAUUGUUAUGAAAAUUGGUACACGGGUAGAAUAUAACCUGGAAUAACACAUAGGGUACUUUUUAUCACGAAAUCUCCACGGGAGCGAAGCCCCGGGGCGCAGUUGGUAUUACGACAGCACUAUUUUUAUAAAUUAUGUUUUCGAUACGAUUACGUUCUCGAUAAAUCUCAUGCUAACCUCCGCACAGAUAAGAAAUUGACUUCUAUAAGCAUUUUAAUAAAAUACUAUUACUUGAAUGGACUAAAGUCAAGAGUUUAGCACAAACCAAGAAAAAUAUAUAAACGACGGAAGAGUGUAAAUGAGACACAAGAUAACUUCCCAGGCCAAUACGGCUAAUCUUAAGCAAAAUGGCAGAUUCGGCCGGGCACUUGAUGAGGGACAAAAGAAGUCAGCGCUCUGUCUCGUUUCUUCUCUUGUAUUAUUAAUAUGCAUAUCUCUUUCUUGUAUGAGCGAUACGGAAGAUAUGACUGUACGGUGUCUACAACAUUAUAUGUCUACAGUUACGCAAUAUUUGUCCGGGACUGUAUUAUACUCGUAUAAAAUUUCGGUCAAAAACGUCAUAUUUAAUAGUGAAAACCACAUUGAAAUUCGUAGCGUAAUUUAGAAGUCAUUGACACAGGAUAAUUGACAUAGAUUAAAGUAAGUUAUUAUUUGUAUAUGAACAAAGUUGUUUUAUUUAAUAUGAUGUGAGAACAUAUUAUGAAAGAAUGUAUAAACGUAUAAGACCUAUAUUUGUUAAUUGACGUCCUUGGAGAAAAGGCUGCGGUGAAGUUUGUUGCGCCGCGUCUUCUUCACCAGCGCUUUGGAAGCCGCCAGUAGACUUAGUUUAAGUGAUUUUUUUGAAGUCAAUAAGUGAUGUAUAUCAUCCUAAA